AUGUUGUAACGUAUAAUUAGCCCGGCAGCAUGGAGGCGUGGAAUCUGUUAAAUAGCAUCACAUCAAGGUAAAUCGGCCCACUUUCCUGCGCUCAGCUCAUCGCACCCCACCUGUCAAAUAUUCAGCUUACCAACUUUCUGUAGUUUUAUUUCCCAUAUUUGAGAACAAAAUGCCUCUGGAGUUUGAGCUGUGCCCUGGCAGAAUGAUUGGAGGGGACCACCCCUGCUUCAUCAUUGCUGAAAUAGGAAUAAACCACCAGGGAAACAUGGAGACUGCAAAGAAAAUGAUCACAAUGGCAAAGGAGUGCGGUGCAGAUUGUGCUAAAUUUCAGAAGAGUGACCUACAGUGCAAAUUUAACAAGAGAGCCCUAGAGCGCCCAUACAACAGUCCACACUCCUUUGGAAAAACUUAUGGCGACCAUAAGCGCCAUCUGGAGUUCAGCCAUGAGCAGUACAAGGAACUGCAGAAACAUGCAGAGGAGGUGGGGAUCUUCUUCACUGCAUCAGCGAUGGAUGAGAUGUCAGUGGACUUCCUGGAUGAGCUUAAUGUGCCGUUCAUCAAAGUGGGCUCUAAUGACACCAACAACUUCCCCUAUCUGGAGAAGGCUGCCAAGAAAGGACUACCCAUGGUGGUGUCCAGUGGGGUGCAGUCAAUGGACACGAUGCGUAAGGUCUACAAAACACUGAAGAAACACACCGACAAAUUUACCUUCCUACAGUGCACCAGCUGUUACCCUCUGGAUCCUAAAGAUGCAAACCUCAGAGUUAUAACGGAAUACAAAAAGGAAUUUCUGGAUAUUCCCAUUGGAUAUUCCGGUCACGAGACUGGGAUCUGUGUUUCAGUUGCAGCUGUAGCUAUGGGGGCGAAGGUCGUGGAGCGUCACGUUACCUUUGACAAGACGUGGAAAGGAAACGAUCAAGCAGCCUCUCUGGAGCCCCAGGAGCUUAAGGAUCUGGUUUGUUCCAUCCGGAUGAUAGAGUCAGCGAUGGGAAGCGGCGUCAAGGAGAUAUUACCGUGUGAGCAGCCAUUCCUCAAAAAGCUGGGUAAAUCAGUGGUAGCCAAAGUCAACAUCCCAAAAGGAGCCAAACUGACCCAAGAUAUGCUGGCGGUGAAAGUGGCAGAGCCAAUAGGCAUCUCGGCCGAGGACAUCUACAAUCUGCUCGGUAAGACUGUGUUGAAGGACGUGGAGGAGGACAAGAGCAUCAUGCCGGAGAUGGUGAACAACUACUGAGAGAAGGAGGAAGGCAGAGAGUUAUGAAAAGGCAGAAAAGGGCAUUUAAUUUAAAAGUGCUUGAUUUCUUUCCCUGAGGUCACGGGGGUGGGUCACUUUUCGCAUAGCUUAUUUCUUUGUUCAAGUAAAUCACAGCUGGAGUUGGAGUUAGUUUUUGGCUUCAGUCACUCACUCACUGUUUAUCAGUCAGCGUCCUCUUGUUGAAACAUCCAGCCAUCAACUAGUGUAAUUCGCUCUGUCACACUCAUAUCAUUUAUUAUAAAUCACACUUUCUCAUUUUUUGUGCACUAACUGUAUCCUCCAAUUGUGCUUUUGGAGUGAUGGAUGUUAUGACACAUUUAAAUCUUAUCACUGGAAAUGAUCACAGGAGUUGUGGAAAUGUAAUAUGUUCUGAAAAAUUAAACAUCCAAAUAAAAUAUUGCCUGAAUGUC